AUGGUGAUAUAUACGUGCGCACCUGUGCAACUGUUUGGAGGCCUCAACCCAGAACUGUAUCGCGGGACGCGAGACCCGGGUGAACUCGAUUUUCCCGACGGCCACCUAGGAAGAAUCUGGUUCGGUCUGGAUUAUGACGCCCCAACGGAGCGGCUUCUCGUCAAGAUCAUAAAAUGCAGAAAUCUACCAUCACGAACGCUUGGCCAGAUCAGCUGUUGCGAUCCAUUUAUCAGAGUCUAUCUGAUGCCCGAUGAGCGUCGGUAUCUUCAAACGAAGUUUAACAAGAAAACAUGUAACCCAGUAUUUGACGAAACCUAUGUGUUUCAGCUUCCUCUUUAUGUGGCUCGUCAUAUGGAUGAACGUGUACUAAAGCUGUGCGUUGUUGACAACGAGCGCGGAAAGCAUCACAAAGCAAUUGGUCAUGCCCUUUUCUCGUUAAGCCAACUUGAUUGGGCGUGUGGUGAGAAUACGCUUGUCACCUGGAAGGACCUUGACAAGCAUGCCACGCAGAUUGAGUCGAGCGGCGGACGUCAAGGCGAAUUACACGUCGGGCUGACGUACCAUGCCAAUCAGGAGAGACUCACGGUGGCACUGAUGGAAACACGUGCAAUGCCGGAAAAUCUCACUCACACUCAGUUGGGUCGAAUCAUACUGGGCUCAUUCAUGUUCGCUCGAGGAAGAGCUCUGCAACACUGGAUUGAAACUAUAACUAAUGCCCCUAAACAGAUGCGAGAGUGGCACUGCUUCAUGUAAAUGCGGACUGCAUCAGCCCAACUAUAAAGGCCCAAUACCUGGCCAAGACCCUGAUACGGAAUGAUUUCUAUGACCACAUCGUCUACUUUUCUGCAGAACCCAGCAUCGUUUACAAUGCGAAACGGACAUUUGAAAAAAGAUCGCUGUUCGAGUCAACUAUCGGCGUGAAGCUGUACAUUAAUUUAUUGUAGGUUACUUAUUAUUGUUGUUCUGAUGCGUAAUUAAGAUAUACCGCGCUGAAGGAAAUGGACGA